GCUCUUUUUUAUUUGGAGGUACGUUAGAUUUAAAAAGCUUGUUAGCAACGCGCCAUAUUGGUUUAUUUGUGAGCACUUGCCCAACACAAAACCGCAUUCAUCGGGAUAUUUCUCUUUUAAAUCGAAUGUGAGAAAGAAUUUCAGACGAUGGCUGCAACGCUGCAGAAUAGCGCAGCCGGCACGGUUAACAGGGGUCAACCCUGUAGCUAUUACGGCAAGGAUAUGAAGACCAAUCCUGUGUUUCAAGCUCUCGAGCAAGAAAUGAAGCAAUAUGUCGGUUACAUGAAGAAAAGAAGUGCCCCUGGGUUCAAGAAACCAACCGAGGAGCCAUCUUCUAGAGCAGCUGAUGCAUUGUUUGAAUUGUGGAACAAGUAUGAACCAAGACUGCCCAUGGAUUACUACCAAGAGAAGCUUUUGGAAAUGGGAGAUUUCCUUGUCUCUAUUAAGGAGUAUAAGCUAGCCUUGUGGCAGUGCUAUGGGCGAUACCUGGAGAAUUUUGGUGAUGUUAACGUGGAACAGAUCACUGACGUGGAGACAUUUAAAUCUGUCUUCUUCCCAGACGGUUUUGAUGCUGCUAAUGCUGGAUUAACAUUUCGUGCCCUGAUGGGCAAGGCCAUCUGUAUGUACCAGGUGGUCAAGCUGACCGAUCCCAAACUUCAGAAUCCAGAGUCAGUGGACAACUGCACCCAGCUCCUGUCCUUCCUGAGGCUGGUCACUCAAGUUGUCCUGCCCAAAGAACCUCUCUGCUGGUUGGUCUACAAUGGUACCAUCCACAUCUACAGUGUAUCCAGGCACCUCAUGUCUCUUGGAUACUCAGCAAAGGUCCUGGAGUACUUGCUGUGGGCGUGUAUGUGUAUGGAGGGGUCGGUGCCCUUGUUAAGUGUGCGAUAUCUUCCCUGGAGGUCCACCCUGUAUACAGCAGUGUGUCAGUGUUACUACGACUGUAAGGCUGCUCCUCAUGCUGAGGCUUUUGCCAGAAGAGCCAUCAGCAAGGUCAACGAGCUGAGCCAGCUAGAACACAUGAGUAGUGCCAAGGAGAGCAAGCAGACAGAGAGCACCUUCAAACAAGCCACUACCAAGCUGGGAAUCAUGGUAUUUAAGCGGUCAGCCUUUGAGACCAGGAAGCGCCCCAAGGGUCUCCUCAGGCCAAAAACCAGGGCUAACUUGAAGGAUGCACAGACUCUCCCCUGGCCUCGGACCCCAACAGAACGCCUCCUGGCAGACAUGUUUGAAGGCAGUGCUGCCCAGUUCAUGUGCAUCAUCGAGACUCUGACUGAUAGCAAUCGACGCACGCUGUUGACUGCUCCACCAGCCCCAGACAGUGAAGUUGAGAUGUUGGAUGUGUAUGCUGAGUUAUUCAUGGCGGCACAGGAGAUCAUAGCAGGUGGCGGUGGCAAUGCCUUGCAGUCGCCUGCCAACCCCACCAUGAUAAGAGUGCCAGGAAUGGCCGGAGUGGUCACUAACAAUGCCCUCAUAGAUAUGGUGGGUAGUGGAGAGGACGGGGUGCCACUCAGUGGGGUCAUCAAGCUGGUCAAGCUGGCCUAUUGCUAUGAACAGUGGGACCUGUUUGACCUGUUGACUGAAAAUGUCCAGGCUUACUUAAAGGAAAUAAAUGACGCCAACUACAAGUAUGACGAGAAAGCCAUAGAGAUCCUGAAGGCAAUGGAGAAUGCCAGCUCCAGUAGGAAAGUGAAGAGGCAGCCUUCCAUGCAUUUCUCAGAGGAUGAAAGUGCCAUGUUGGGACAAGAACCAACUCUCCCACCACCCCCUACCACAGCUCCAACUGCUUCAGCACGUCCUGGGGGAUUGCAGCACGAUGAGCUGAUUCAGGUGGCAGAUGUGUUGCUGUCAGUGAUAGCUGGAUCAUUUAGUCCAGAGAAGAUGGACUUGGACAUGAUAGUGGAUGCUGCCCUGUUUCUGUGGAACAAGUGUAAGUCAGUGUUCCAGAAGUACCAGACAGGGUCCACAGAGAAUGCCAAGUACCUGCAGAAGAUGGAGAAUGCCAGCAAGUGGGUGUACAUCUUGGACAUUGUCCACCAAGUCCUAGGCUGGUGUGGCAUGAGCAGUGUGGACCCCACUCUCACCGCAGAAGUUGUCGUCCGCCUGGCUCUUGUCAUGGAAGCCAGUGCCACACUGGAUGCGACCGAGGGGAAAGACAAAAAGAUGACCAAGAGUAAAUCUGUGAUUACAUCUGCUGGUAGAACAAGAGAGGAUGAAGAUGGAGUUACUGUGGUAUCAGGAGUCACCAGAGAUCUGAGAAAAUCAGAGGCGUCUCCCAGUCGUGGAGAGCAAAGUGUCAGUGCUCCCAUCUUGAAGGCGGGAGCCAGACAGCAGCUACUGGCCGCCAGGGAGAUACUGGAGCUGGGGCUGAGUAACGUGUCCUUUGCCAGGCAGGCCGUCGCCCUCACUGAUGGGAAAUCCAUUGCUGAUAUAGGAUGGGUGAAGGAACUAAAUGAAGAUCUGUUUGCCCCCAUGACCUGGAAGGAGAUAGAGGAAGGUCCCACACUGGAGGAGUUUGACCCCAAUAAGUCCCGUGACGCCAACUCGGUGAUGAACGCCAUCAGAGAUUUACACCUGGAGCUGAUCUUUAUGCACCACAGAGUCAGCCUCAAGUUGGCAGCCAUGGGUCCUGAUCCUGCGCUGAAAGCACCAAAACCAUUUAAAAGAAGAACAUGUUCCAAGAUACCUGGAAGCCGAGAGUCCAUGCGCCCUGUGGCUGAGUACAUAGAAGACUUUGACGAGCUGAUAUCUAUGUGUAACAAGAACCAGCUGUCCAAGGCAUUACUCUAUAUGCAGAGAGCUUGGAUGGCUUCCUCUGAUGACCAGCCAACUGCAGAACAGAAGGAUCUCCUGCAGAAUUCCGUGAACCUGAUCACUCAGGCCCAGACAGAAGAGAAGAAGAUGUACGUAGAGAAUGCCAUCAAUGGAAAGGCUCUCUCAGUGAAGAAGAGCAAGGUGCCACCGCCCCCUAUACUUCUGUGCAGGACGGACGCCACCAUGGUGUUCCAGCCAGCGCCUUUUGAACCUCCCAAUGGGCAGAAGGUGGCAUGGUAUCGCCUCUUUGGCAGGUCAGCCACAGGGAGCAAUGUGAAGGUCAGGCUGAACGACUACUUCCUGCCAGGCACUGGAGAAGAGGUUCCCUCUUUCCAUUGUGAGCUGAGAGUGAGUGGCUUAACCCCAAAUGAGCGCUAUGUGUUUGCUGUGGCUGCGUACACAGCAGACGGCAAGCUGAUAGGGGGCAGUGUGGGAGAGACAGGCAAGCCUAUCUUGGCUGCACAUCCACUUCCUGUGCUCAUGACUUGGGGCUUUCUGAGUCAGGUGGCGUACCAGUGUGGCUGUUAUGACAUUGCCAGGCAGGCGUGUGAGGUGUUGUGGGGACAUUUCGUGGCUGAACCACCACCACCAGAGAGUGUCACCUACACCACCUCAGCACAGAAAGAUUUCCAACUGUCCUUACAUAGACUGAACCGCCGAGUUGUUAGCCAAGCCUCUCCUGUACUGCUGAGACAGUUUUUGUCCAGUAUCUUCAUCAAUGUUGACAUCAGCGUCAAAAACCUCUUCCUCUUCUGUGACGUCAUCUGUGACAAGGGUCCCCUGUAUAAGGGACAGAUUAACCGACUGAAGGAGUGUGAGCGCAUGCUCGUUGCGCUAGAGCUGGCAGGUUGGUUAAACGAGGCUAAUCUCGCACUUCAGGCCGUCAUUCAAUGUUACGGACUUUUGGCUCCUCUCAUCUUCUACAAGAUACCUUCAGUGUCUGUAGUCCAGAUUUUAGAGCGCUGCCUCUCGGUGCUGCAGGAGAUCCCAUCGGGCCUCAGACAGCGUAGAACAGAAAAGAUCAAUGAGAGUCUUCACCAUAUGACAGCUUGUCUCAGCUACCACAUGGCCAGGGUUCUGAGAACAUGGGGCCAGAGAAAUCUUGCUAAUUGCGUCAAUGAAGCAGGUAGAAAGUUACUGGCAUUAGAAGACCCAACAAAGCAAGACCCUGCUGCUAAUAAUAGUAAUGGAAUACCUCUGGAUACCCAGGAAGAGGAAGGUGUUUUGACCCUGGCAGCCCUGAAGAAGAAGAAGACCAAGAAAGGUCCCCUUGGCGUGCCUGAUGCAGAGGGACCAGUGAAUGAAGAACUCAAGGCACUUGAGGCUCAUAUGCUGAAACUGUCAAAGCAAGCUCAAGGUGAACAUGAAUUGACUGGUAAUGAAGACCCUAGCAUCCUUCAUGCCUACAUAGCUUACUUACCCAGUAGGAUUGCUUACAGAGAAGUCUCCAAGUUUAAGAGAAGAACGCGUUACUUGGAGUUCUUUGUUCAAGUGGUCCAGAAGGCGCUCACUGAGGGGAUAGCAGAGAUGGCUAUAGAGUGGUGCGAAGAUGCCUUGCAGUGGAUUCAGAAGUGA